UACUUAUGAAUUUUGAAUAAAACUUUUAUCUGUUAUCUCCUCAUCUUCCUAUUGACUUUUUUCCUCUUCCCUUCUCCUCAGUGUCUUCUCCAAUUAUCCACAGCUGAUACUACAACUUCUGAGACUUGAUCGUAAUUACAAUAAGUUGUUUCCUAUCAAUCUUUCUGAACUACUUUCAUUAUCAUAAACCAAAAAUUACCUUUCAGUAUCAUACUGCACCAUAUUACAAACAUGUACACCAAUAAACAGAACAACUAUGUGGAACAUCUACUUAACAUACAUACUGCCAGCAAACCACUUAACAGAUGGCGUAUAGCCUUCGCAGCGAUUUAUUCCUCCAGAGUGUUGGUCUCACUUGCUAAAGAGAUAAUAGCAAAGAGGAAGAACCAGUUUCUCAACCCUGAUAUCAUACAUAAUCCUUCGUAUACUGCUUUGGAUAUUCCAAUGAGUAGUUACAGUGCAGAUAAUAAUAGUGUUGAUGAUCACUUAAGCUUUUCUGAUGUAGAUGUACAAAAACUGAGUAACAUAGUAAAAGAUAAGAAGUUGGGUUUGCUUCAAGAACACUUUGAGGGUAUUGGGAAUCUGGUAAAGGUUCUUGGAACCGAUUCAGAACAUGGAAUCAACGAUGAUCCUGAAGAUAUCAGACAACGUCAAAGCGUCUUUGGUACAAAUACAUACCAUAAGCCUCCUCCAAAAGGUAUAUUUCAUUUCAUUCUUGAAGCAUUCAAGGAUUUGAUCAUUCUUAUAUUACUGGUAGCUGCUACACUAGCUCUUGCUUUUGGUAUUAAACAACAUGGCUUGAAAGAAGGAUGGUACGAAGGUGGGAGUAUAUAUGUUGCUGUUUUUCUAGUCGUGGUUGUUUCUGCUGGUAGCAAUUAUAGGCAGUCAAGACAGUUCGAAAAAUUAUCAAAAGUCACCAAUAACAUCAAAGUUGAAGUUGUGAGAAACGGGAGAAGACAACAGAUAUCUAUCUUCGAUGUCGUAGUUGGAGAUGUUGCUUCUUUAAAGAUUGGAGAUCAAAUUCCAGCUGAUGGACUCUUCCUAAACGGACAUUCCUUACACGUAGAUGAAUCAAGCAUGACCGGAGAGAGCGAUCACGUGGAAGUUGACGCAAAAGAGAAUCCGUUCUUGUUAUCUGGCGCGAAAGUGGCUAACGGUUAUGGGAACAUGCUUGUUACAUCUGUGGGCACGCACACUGGUUGGGGCGCAAUGAUGAGUACUAUAACCAGUGAUUCAGAUGAAAGGACCCCAUUACAAGAACGGCUAGACAGACUGACAUCUUAUAUAGGAAAGAUUGGUUUGACUGUGGCAUUCCUUGUUCUUUUUGUCUUGUUGGUGCGGUACUUCACAGGGAAUACACAAAGAGAAGAUGGUAAAGGAAAGGAAUAUACCGGUAGCAACACAAAGACUGAUGAUAUAAUAAACUCAGUGAUCCGAAUUGUUGCUGCUGCAAUCACAAUUGUGGUUGUGGCAAUUCCAGAAGGCCUGCCUUUAGCAGUCACUCUCACACUCGCAUACUCUAUGAAAAGAAUGAUGGCUGAUCAAGCUAUGGUAAGAAAACUUUCAGCAUGUGAGACCAUGGGUUCUGCAACCACCAUUUGUACCGACAAAACAGGGACUCUUACAUUGAAUCAAAUGAAGGUGACCAAGUUCUGGCUCGGCGAAGAAGUUAUAAUAGAUUACACUGGAUCUAUAAUUGCGCCUAGUAUUCAAGGACUGCUCUGCCAGGGUGUUGGUCUAAACACAACAGGGACCGUUUAUCAACCCACUGCAGGAACAGUGCCAGAAUUUUCCGGAAGUCCGACUGAGAAGGCAAUCUUAUCUUGGGCUGUCUCUGAGUUGGGAAUGAACACAGAAGAGUUAAAGCGCGAUUUCUCCAUUCUUCAUGUGGAAGCCUUCAACUCAGAGAGGAAAAGAAGUGGCGUUUUGAUCAAGAAAGUGCAUGCACAUGAAAAUAAAACACAUGUACAUUGGAAAGGAGCUGCGGAGAUGAUAUUAGCUACAUGUUCAAAUUACUAUGACUGCAGUGGGAUCACGAAGACAUUAGACCACGAAAAAAUGAAAAGGUUUGAGCAAAUAAUUCAAGAUAUGGCAGCAGAUAGUCUCCGAUGCAUUGCUUUCGCCCACAAAGAAAUCCUAGAUGCAGAGUUGGAGUACAAGGAAGAUGGGAAGACUCAUCAAUCAUUAAAAGAUGAUAACCUUACCUUGUUAGGAUUAGUAGGUAUAAAGGACCCGUGUCGCCCAGGGGUGAAUCAAGCUGUAAGAGCUUGCCAAGAUGCUGGGGUCGACAUCAAAAUGAUCACUGGAGACAAUGUUUUCACAGCAAGAGCGAUUGCUAUCGAAUGUGGAAUACUCAAAGCCGAUCAUGCAUUAAAUAGUGAAGCAGUCGUUGAAGGUGUGGAGUUCAGGAACUAUACAGAGGAGGAGAGGAUGUGCAAGGUGGAAAAGAUACGUGUGAUGGCAAGGUCGUCCCCUUUUGACAAGCUCUUGAUGGUACAAUGCUUGAAAAAGAAAGGACACGUGGUUGCAGUCACUGGAGAUGGCACAAAUGACGCACCCGCCCUUAAAGAGGCGGACAUAGGUCUUUCUAUGGGGAUUCAAGGCACAGAAGUGGCGAAGGAGAGUUCAGAUAUAGUCAUCCUGGAUGAUAAUUUCGCUUCUGUAGCCACAAUGGUAAGCUGGGGUAGAUGUGUUUAUAACAACAUUCAAAAAUUCAUCCAGUUUCAACUCACAGUUAACGUAGCAGCUCUUGUUAUCAACUUCAUUGCCGCACUUUCGGCUGGUAAAGUCCCACUAACAGCAGUCCAAUUGUUAUGGGUGAACCUAAUCAUGGAUACUUUGGGUGCUCUUGCUCUAGCUACUGAGCGACCAACCAAAGAGCUCAUGAAAGCAAAACCAAUUGGACGAACUGCUCCACUAAUAAGCAAUGUCAUGUGGAGGAACCUUAUGGCUCAAGCUCUAUACCAAAUCUCAGUCCUCUUGAUCUUACAAUUCAAGGGUAAGUCUAUCUUUAAGGUGGACGAAAAGGUUAAGGACACUCUUAUCUUCAAUUCAUUUGUUCUUUGUCAAAUUUUUAAUGAAUUCAACGCGAGGAAGCUGGAGAAGAGGAAUGUGUUUGAAGGAAUACAUAAGAACAGGUUAUUUCUUGGGAUUAUAGCGUUCACUCUAGUUCUUCAAGUGGUGAUGGUAGAAUUUCUCAAAAAGUUCGCAGACACUACGAACUUGAAUGUUGUGCAAUGGUUUUCAUGUAUUGGAAUCGCAGCUGUUUCGUGGCCUAUUGGUUGGUUUGUCAAGUAUAUACCGGUACCUGAAACACCAGUCUUCAGUCUUUUACAUCGCAAAAGAAGAAAAUCAACAAGUGAGGACGAUGCCUGUUAAAUACUCCGGUGAGUUUUCCCCAAAAAUGCUCAUGCAUAGGUUCCAGUGUGUAGUACAGAGGAAACCCAUCCCUUCUGUCCCCAUAGUGUGGGCAAGAGGUAGGAGAUCAACUCCCAUGUGGGAGGGUUGGAUGAUGGGAUCUCCUAUUUCCUCUUACCUGCUCUAUGGACAGGGCCUCUGCCCAUAGACCAUAGUGUGGGCAAGAGAUGGGAGAUGACUCCCACUAUGGGAGGGUGAGAUCUCCUAUUUCCUCCUACCUCCUCUAUGGAUAGGGCCUCUGCCCAGAGUGUGGGAAAGAGGUAGGAGAUCGACUACCACUAUGGGAGGGUUGGAUCUCCUAUUUUCUCCUACCUCCUCUAUGGAUAGGGCUGAGGUUGGGCUUGUUGUUGGGGAUGUCAAGCUGGAUCUGCACCACUGCAAGUCCACCAGGCUAGGUCUGCUCUAAUGGCAUAUGCUGUUGGUGCUGAGUGCCAUGUGGGAGUGCAGGUCGUGUAAGUCUGUAAAUGCAUAAGCAUGUGCAGGUUGUGUGAGUGUGCGAAGUAUUCGUUUCUAGUAUCAGCGAGUGAGAAUUUGUGAGUGGUUAUAACAGUCGAGUAUACAUACUCAUGUUCACUCUCUGUAAUCAUUAUUAUAUUUCAAUUCAACACAUACCUUUUAGCAAUGUAGCUAUGCUCAGGAGGUAGCAAAACAAUAAGAAAAACUACUGCAUCAAACUCUCACUAUCGCGCUGUAAUUAUUUGUAUCUGAGCUAUAUCUUUGUAUAUAGUACUAUACUACACUCCUA